AUGUAUGAAGAAAAAGAUUACUUUUAUCAUAAUGAAAAAAAGUUGAUAAUAGAACGAAAAUACCUCCACUAUUUGAGACUGACAAAGACAGGUACAUGUCAGUAUCACUAUCAACAAUGAAGUCAUUAGCAUAUCCAUCUUCACUAUCAUAUUCAGAUGACUCCUCUGACUCAGUUCCUUCAAUAUCCUCCCCCCAUCCAUGAAUCACUUUCACAAUAUCAUCCCCAUCAUCAAACACAAAAUAACCAGAAAGGUGGAUGCCUUGUGAACCAACAACCAAGAAUGCCACUAAGUCAUCUGCAUCAAACUCAAGAUUCAAAGGGCAUGACUCAACCUUAUCUGGUAGCAAUGAACACAAGAAAACUGGACUUCUGUGUCCAGAAGAGCACUGAAGAAUGCUGUUAA